CUUAGAUACAAUUUUGCCAUUUGUAUUUUUUUAGGUCAACCAAGCGAAAAAUAUCGAACGCUGUGCUAAUUUUAGUUGAAAUAUGCAGAUUAACAUUAUCCAUCAACGAGGAGAAAAGUGACCAUAUCAUGAUGGGGUUACAACAGUUCACGUAUCAGUGUCCAUCUGUCUAACAAGUCCAUGUAGGGAAACUAUUGGUGAAGAGCAGUAGUUGAAUUAUUAUUAGAGAAUUAUUAUAAAUUAAAAAAUACGAGUGUUAAUAUUUAAAUUAGUCACUAUAUGAAGACAUUUUGUAUACGUGUUCCUGAGAGUGUCUAAAUGAUAACGUUUAUGUAUAUGUACCAUUCUUUUAAGGUAUUAUUCAGCUGUUUCACACUUCUUUCUUGAGAAAGAUGUUAGUUUAAAACUUUAAGGAGUGAAAUUAAGGCAUGCAUUAGAACAUAACUUCAUAUCAGAGUGUCUUAAUAAUUAGUACAUCCUGGCAAACUGGAUGAGAAUGGAGCCUGAUUCUGGAAUAAAGGUGUCUAUGGUACGAACCAUCAAGGGUCCGACGUACCUGCGAUGUCAGGAGUGUGAUAAAGGCUUUACCAGGUCAUGGCUUCUUAAGAAUCAUCAGAGAGUCCAUACUGGCGAGAGGCCGUAUAAAUGUCCGUUUUGUGAGAAGGCGUUUGCGGACAAGUCCAACCUGCGGCAGCACGCCAAAAUACACACAACUAAGGAAAAAUUGUUUCAUUGCUCCAUUUGCCAAAAAGCGUUCGCCCAGCGUCGAUAUCUUAUGAAACAUGCCACGGAAAUCCACCGUGAUAUAGCCCUUAGUUUGUAUGGAGAAGAUGGGAAAACGCGGGACAUUAAAGUUGUAAAAAAGACCAAAUAUGUUGUCCAGCCACCGAUAUUAAAACAUGAAAUGGCGACGAGUUCUACUGAUGAUGAAGCAACAGAAUCUAGCUCGAAGGCAGAAUCAAGUACUAAGGUUCUGCUUGGGCAGAAGAGUGGAAAAUCUGCCCUUAAAGCCGAAUUAAUGGAUAAGAAAUACAGUGAGCAAGAUUUAAAAGAUUUUAUCAAAAGCAAUAAUAAGACGAUGGAGAAAAAUGGCUACAUCUUUAUCAAGCAGAACUUCGAUACAAUUGAUAAGGAUAUGGAGCCAACACUGACAGAACUUAGUGAAAUUCCUGUGUCAGCCCUGUCAGAGUCAGUGAAACCUAGUGGGGACUCCACCGACAUUGGCAAAGGGAAUCAGCUUUUAAAAGUCAAUGGAAAAAUGGUGUAUCUUCAGAUGGACACUAAACCGAUGACAAGAGAAGAAGUGCUGAAAACUAGCCAAAGGUUAGAUGGAAAAGUUGGUGAUAAAGAAACGAAUGAUAAAAGUGGUCAGACUUCUGUUGUAAAAAGCGUUACUCCUAAAACUGUUUUAACAGGUAAAAAGGUUGCGUCCAAGAACACAUUUGUAAGAAGACAGGCUAAUAUUUUAAAAACUGGUAAUGCCAGUACAGGUGUGAAGAAAACAACAUUUGGUGUGACAAGUAGUUCUGAUGUAAUCUUAGAGCAAUUAAAACAGCCAACAGUUGUGCAGAACAUGGUGAAAAAUGUUAUGAAGACGGCCAAUGCUGUCCAAUUCUUAACAAUGCCCCCGGCCAAACCCGAGCCUGUAACGUUACUACAAGUCCCAAACGCGCUAGUCAUUCCUUUGUCCAUGGUUCAGCUGAACCAAGUAAACAAUGGCUGCAUUCAGGCAAUUUCUAAAUAUUCAGCAUCAAACCCUGUGCAGUUUGCGAACAAUCUACAAAAUAUUAAAAUAACCAGUAUUCCAAACCUCAGUAUAGAAUCAUCAGUGACAAGUGGAACGGAAAAUGUUGUUCAAGGAGCAUUCCAGAGGCCAGAAGUGGUUGAAAUCCAGCAUGCUCAAGCUAUUGAUGAGAAAGGUGCAGUUGGUGAUAUAGGAGGGACAAGUAUUUCUUCUACAACUCCGAUUGUGUCUGAUGCCCCUUGGCAAGGCGUUCUUAAUAUCAACUCUGAGCAAGAACUACUUGAGUAUAUAAAUUCACAGUCCAGCUCAAGUUUUGAGACAGAUCAGGGUUACACUAUUCUGAUUCAAAAUGUUGACCCAUCAAACGGAACUGUGCUGUCCUCCUCAUUGGAUUCUCAAAAUCUUCUGUCCCACUCUGGACACUUGUCUAGUGUAUUCAAUGAUCAAGCAGGCAUGAUUUCCGAUAUUUUACCUGUUGUCACAAAUGUGGAUGAAUCUCAUGUGCAUUCUAACCCAUCUGAAGAUAGCAUCACGAUGACCCCUAUGCUUCAUGAAGAUGAUGAAAUUGGUGAGCUACCAGGUACUGCUAUGGACGAUUCUAAAGUUGGGGUGGCUGAAAUGGAAGUCAUAGAAGUGAACAGUGAUGCUCCCUUGGUUGGAUCUGAAAAUAUAAUCCAUAUUGAGAUUGCCCAAAAUGAGCAGUCAUGUGAAAUUCUUCAAGCCUCUAGUGAGUCUGAUUUAGAAACUCAUGGUCAGUUGAUGCUUGAUCAGCCAAAAGUGGAGCAUUUGGGUGAUACAGAUGAGAAUCUGGUCCAAUCAGGUGAACAUUUUGUUCCUGUGGAAGAUCAAGAAAAUGUUGGUGAGGAGCAAGAGAUUCAAAUUGAAAACACAGUUUGUAAUUUUAAACCUGAUUUAGAUACAAUCAAUUCUGUAAAUAAACAUGUUAACACACAGGAUUUUAAAGGAGAGGAAAUGGAAGAAAGUUAGGAAAUGUUGCUUUAUGAUAACUUGGAUAUUUGUGAAAACUGUUAAAUGUAAACUUGCAAUCUAUUGACAACGUCUUUGCAUAGAGAUUAAAGUUCACUUUUAUGGUUUUAUUUAUAAUAUUUAUUUACAAAUAUUGAUAAUUAAAUAGUUGCUGACACAAUGGGGGCAUCUUUUUAAAAUCAUUGUUAAAACAAAUAAAUAUUUUAGGAUCACAAAUUUUGAUUGAAUAAUAAGAGAGGGAGAGGAAUAGAAUUAAGAUUCUAACUUGUAUGUUUAGAUAAGCCAUAAGUAAAAGUUCAAGCCAAAUUAAUUGGUUCAAAACAUACCUCAUUACAACCAAGACUAAAGGAUUCGAACAAUUUAUAGUAUGAUACACUUGUUAAUAAGUUGGCCCCCUUGUAUAUGUAUACAUGUUAAAAUGAUUUAUUAAGCAUUUAAUUGUGCUUUUUUCAUUAAUAAUUAUUUGUAAAUACAAAUGAAUGUUAUUGUUCUACAUUCUGAUAUCUUUGUAUUACCUCUUUGUAAGUAUGCUACAGUUAAAUGAUGAAUAUAAGCCAUUAUUUUUAGACAGUUAGUAUAUAGUAAAACAUUCACUACAAGGUAGUUAAUAUUAAGUGUUCUAGCAGCAUAUUGAAUGUAAUUGUUUUCACAUAUUGCAGUUCUUGUUCAGCUAUGACCAAAAAUAUUGUAUUUGGAUUAUUGUUGAAGGGACUUGUAUACUUGAUAGUUUUUAUAACCCAUGAAAUUAUUAUUUGAAAUUAUGAGGUAAUCUCCAUAAAUUUUUUACUCAAAAUCGAUGAAAAUAUAAAUGAAAAUCCAAUUAAAUUAUGAGUCAGAACUUCAAAGAAGUUUAAAAAGUUAAGAAUUGGUUAGACAAAUUUAUUAGUAUUAUUUCCUUUUUCAGUAACUUUGAGUUUGUCUUGGGUUUUUUUAUACUUUUUUAUUAUAUUGAGAUAACUAAAGUCAAUAACCUAAACAUGUUGUUUUCAUGAAAUAUUAAGAAUGUGUAAACAUUCCUUAGUCAAAGUCUCUAGAUAUUAUUUCCUUUAACAACUUCCCAUUGAUUAAGUUUUGCUGAGAUUUUUCAUACUCAGUAAACAUUAGUCCCUGAUUCAAUUUUUGAGCCAGGGACAAUUUUGAACUUAACUGCAUACAUGGGACCCCCAAAAUAAACAUUCAAUGAGUGCAAACCAUAUACUGGGACUAGAAAAUCGUACCAGAGAUUCCCAAUCUGUCAAGCAUGAGGGUGACAUGACCCGGAGCUGAUAAUUCUACCAGGAAAACUCUGGUUUGACCAGAAAAACAUGAUUCUUUGGAACAAGGAACAUAUCAAGCAAAUGUUCCUGUAGGUUUAUAGCAUGCCAUACUCAAAGUUAGAAUUUUGAAGAAUGAUAAAGUUUGAGUAAAGUUAUAUUGUUCAGAAUUUAUAAUAUUGUAACAUUUUUCUUCUGUAACUCUUCCUUCUUUCAGUAUUGAAGCACGAUUAUUGUUCAUUUAUUCAUAACAUGAAGUCAUCCAUACAUGUAUACAUUGUUGUUUUACCUGACCAAAAACAUUUCUUUUUACAACUUUGUUUAUCACAGUAAGUGUGUAUAUUGGCAUGCCUUAGACAUUCAUUGAAACGACAUAUAAGUGAAAUGUCCAAUAACGUGGUAUGUAGUGUUGUGUUAGUUAUGUUGUAAAAUUGUGAUUAUUAAACUGUUUUAAUUGAUGGCAUGAUUAUUAAAUGUUU